AUGAAUCUCCUAUUGAAUUUUAUUUUACUGAGUUUGUUCGUGUCUUCGUUUGGAUUAAAUGAUGUUACGGUGGUAAACAGGAAAAAUGUGUUUUUGAAUAGAAAGAAACGAUAUCUGACUUUUCCACCUGGGAGUAAUUUUGUGAUUGAAUUUAGUGGCCCAAAAGCUUUUAUUCAACGACAACCGUCCGGAUGGAAUAUGGUUGCAGAAAUGGCUUGCCCGUUUGCUUUGCCCAGUGACACCAGAAUGUUCAGACGAAAAAACUGGAUCGAUAGAACCAAAAGAGAAAUGCGCUCCUCACUUGAUCAAGGGCUGACCAAGAGUGGAUUCAAUGGAACUGCAUGCGUCAAUAAAAUGAUUUGUGAUAUGAAGCGAUAUGUACCAAUGAAAGGGAAUUCCAUGAUCAAGGAUAUACUGCUCGCCGUCUUCAGUGAUGAGGAAUUCAACUAUGAGGAAGAGUGCCAAUAUUCCGACUCGAAGAUAUCAGAAUGUCCAAUAUCAAUAUUGGAUUAUGUCCUGAAGGAGUUAAACUUCGAUUCUGCUUGA